AUGGCUUCCCCCCCAGACGGCCACCAGCUGAAACCAGCCCCGGCCAAACCUCUCACGGACCUGGAUUUUCACUCCGGAGCGCGGAUCGAGGAGCUGCACCAGCUCAUCCAAGAGUACCACGCCAGGAGCCCAGGCAGCCGGGAAGGGCCUGAACUGCACCUGGCGAAGGACGUCAUCUUCUCUCUCUUAGGUGUGGUUCAGAACUCCGAUGGGAAGCUCCCAGCUGUCAAUAGAUACCUGCUUCUCUCUGGAGGGGUCCAGCAGGGCACCGUCGACGUGGACCUGGGCAUCCCACACCACCUUUCCCUUGGAGGGGACUACGAUGCGGACUUCACCCUUUUGGUGCCAAUUCUGAAUGCUGCCGGGGUCCCCGUCACCUUGGACAUGAAGGAGAGUCCACCUGGCCACACCCAGAUCAGCCUCCAGCCCUUCGACCCUGCCACGCUCCACCGCUGGUCAGAUUGUUGCCUGGGAGACGAGGCCUACCUGUCUGCCGAGCUGGUCUCCGCCUGGUUCGCCCGCUCCUUUGCCGCCGCCGCCAAAGACGUGCGGGUCGAGCACCGCGGCUGCAUCACUUCGGUGGUGGUCCUCGUCGGACACUGUCGAGUCCUCUACGAUCUUGUCCCCACCGUGGCCUUGAAGGGGUGGCCGGAGGUCGCUCAGCCUUGGCUGGCCCAGGCCCAUUUCUGGGAUGGCAAGCUGAUGGACGAGGAAGUCUCCGGGGGCUUUUACCUGUUGCCUUCCACCUCCGGUGCCAGUUGGCGCCUGGCAUUUUCGACCAGCGAGAUGCAUCUUCGGAAGAUUCUGCCCCUGCCUUUGCUUCAGGCUUUCCGGGCGGCCACGGCCGUCCUAGGCCACCACCUCUCUGCGGGCCUCGGGCCUUACCACAUCUUCACCUUGGUGCUCCGGGCCUGUGAGCGGCUGCCCGCCAGCUACCUGGGCCGAGAGGAGAACGCCGCACACACCUGGCUGGGUCUGCUGGAUGACCUGUCGGCCUGCUUAGUCCGCCGGUGCCUCCCUCACUACUUCCUCCCCCAGUGGAACGUUCUGGAGGGCCUUCCCCACAGGGAGAAGGAGCGUCUGGCUCAGGCGCUGGCCAGGGUGAGGGCCGACCCUUCCAAGUUCCUCCGCCGGGCUGUGGAAGGGGCCAAAGAAGCCACGAGAUUAGCCAAAGCGUUUCGAACCCCGAAUGUCUCUGCUGUUGCCUCAUAA